GGCCCACGGUGCCCCUCCUGGCCGCCCGGAGCGCGCGGAGCGCCGGCGCCGCCAGUUAAAGUGUAGCGGGGUCGGGCCGCCGCCGACCGUUCCUGCGCUCGGGCCGAGCUACCCACGGGAAAGUGAAUCAUCACAUUCCCCUCCGUGGAAGUAAGAGGACUUGGGCCGGAAGCAUGUGGUGCAUCCUUCGAGGCUGGAGGCAAGGGAGCCUGGGCCCAUGGGGAGCCCCGGGGCAGCAGUGGCCCCGGGGCAUCCGUGCUCUGGCCAGCGAGCGCCCCCGGAUUGGGGGUGAGUACAGCCACGUGGUGGUGGGUGCGGGCUCUGCUGGCUGCGUGCUGGCCAGCCGGCUCACGGAGGACCCCGACAAGCGAGUGCUGCUGCUGGAGGCCGGGCCCAAGGAUGUGUACGCAGGCAGCAAGCGGCUCCUGUGGAAGAUCCACAUGCCCGCGGCCCUUGUGGCCAACCUGUGCGAUGACAGGUACAACUGGUGCUACCACACAGAGCCACAGCCGGGCCUGGACGGCCGCGUGCUGUACUGGCCACGCGGCCGGGUCUGGGGCGGCUCGUCGUCGCUCAAUGCCAUGGUCUACGUUCGUGGGCACGCCGAGGACUACGAGCGCUGGCAGCGGGAGGGCGCGGUGGGCUGGGACUACGCGCACUGCCUGCCCUACUUCCGCAAGGCGCAGGCGCACGAGCUGGGCGCCGGGAGGUACCGCGGCGGCGACGGUCCCCUGCGGGUGUCCCGGGGCAAGAGCGGCCACCCGCUGCACCGCGCAUUCCUGGAGGCGGCGCAGGAGGCUGGCUACCCCCUCACCGAGGACAUGAACGGCUUCCAGCAAGAGGGCUUCGGCUGGAUGGACAUGACCGUCCACGAAGGCAAGCGCUGGAGCACGGCCUGCGCGUACCUGCAUCCGGCACUGAGCCGCCCCACCCUCACGGCUGAGACCCAGACAUUUGUGAGCAGGGUGCUGUUUGAAGGUACCCGUGCAGUGGGUGUGGAGUACAUCAAGAACGGGCAGAGCCACAGGGCUUACGCCAGCAAGGAGGUGAUUCUGAGUGGAGGUGCCAUCAACUCUCCACAGCUGCUCAUGUUGUCGGGCGUGGGCAAUGCAGACGACCUCAAGCAACUGGGCAUCCCGGUGGUGUGCCACCUUCCCGGAGUUGGCCAGAACCUUCAAGACCACCUGGAGAUAUACAUCCAGCAGGCGUGCACCUCCCCCAUCACCCUCUACUCAGCACAGAAGCCCUUGAGGAAGGUCCGGAUUGGCCUGGAGUGGCUCUGGAAGUUCACAGGGGAUGGAGCCACGGCCCAUCUGGAAACAGGUGGGUUCAUCCGGAGCCAGCCUGGGGUCUCCCACCCGGACAUCCAGUUCCACUUCCUCCCUUCCCAGGUGAUCGACCAUGGACGGGUUCCCCCACAGCAGGAGGCUUACCAGGUGCAUGUGGGGACCAUGCGGGGCACGAGCGUGGGCUGGCUCAAACUGAGAAGCGCCAACCCCCAUGACCACCCUGUGAUCCAACCCAACUACUUGUCAACAGAAACUGACAUCGAUGACUUCCGUCGGUGUGUGAGGCUGACCAGAGAAAUUUUUGCACAGAAAGCUCUGGCGCCGUUCCGGGGGAAGGAGCUCCAGCCAGGAAGCCACGUCCAGUCAGAUAACGAGAUAGACGCCUUUGUGCGGGCAAAGGCAGACAGCGCCUACCACCCAUCGUGCACCUGCAAGAUGGGCCAGCCCUCCGACCCCAUGGCAGUGGUGGACCCGCAGACCAGGGUCCUCGGGGUGGAAAACCUCAGGGUGGUCGACGCCUCCAUCAUGCCCAGUGUGGUCAGUGGCAACCUAAACGCCCCCACCAUCAUGAUCGCAGAGAAGGCAGCCGACAUCAUCAAGGGGCGGCCAGCUCUCUGGGACGAGGCUGUCCCUGUCUACAAGCCCAGGACCCUGGCCACCCAGCGCUGAGGCUGUCCCUGAGUGAGAAGGCUCGGCACAGCCCUUGGCGCCGGAUGUGCUUUCCUGGAUCUCUCUAGAAUGUUACAAUUUGAUGGCCAAGAAUUGGAUAAUUUCUUAAGAAAUGAAACCAGUCAGUGAAUCGGGUUCUUUCUUCCCAGCAUGUCCCUGGGGGCCCUCUGGGGAAGGCCGGCAUUCUGGCUGGGGCCCCUCCUCCCUGCCUCGUGGUAGGACAGCAAAGGGGACGGGAGGCCGGUGGAGAACGGGUAGCUCUGGCCGGGUCCUUGUCUUGUGUUCCGCGGCGCUCUCCAACCCAGGGUCCUGCUGUGUUCCUGGGUCCUGACAGGACUUGAGGAAAGUGGUUGUCUCCCAGGCUCCCUCUGGAGGCAAGUCCGCCCAAGAGCAGGGUGCUUGCACAGAGGCCGGGGCAUCCUCCCCCUCAGGCUGAAAGCUGCAACUGGAGGCCGAGAGUCCCACAGGAGUUAGGGAGCGUGGAGCCCAGCUGGGAUGUGUGCACAAGCCUCCAGUGUCAAGAGGGAAAGCUGCCUGCUGGAAGAAACAGGCUUCUCCUUUCUCUGCCGCUUCCUGAUUUCACUCCCAGAGUGAGGCAGGAACUGGUGCUCAGUUGGGUCCCUCUGAGGGGCUUGCAGCCCACCUCUCUGAUGCUCUGGUUCUUAUUAACACCAUCAGCCCGAUGAGAGGAAUUCUGGAACUUUUUCCAGGACUCGGGAGUCUGCAGGGCCUUUUCACUACCAUGGGUUUCAGGGUUUUGCAUUUUUAAAGAGUUUCCUGUUGCCAGGAAACCUAGAAACCCAGAGCAGACCUGCAUCCCUGGCCCUCUCCAUGCAAAGCCUCCCUCUCAGCCUGGGGAGAUGGAUGGCUCAGCAGUGGCCCCGGCUGGCUAAUUCUCAUUCUCCAGCCGUCCGCAGCAACAGACCAGGCAGGAGCCAGACUGACGGAAAAAGCAGUCAAGUAAAACUAUGAUCCUGAUCCUGUAAAAAAAAAAGAAAACGUGGUUGAGUGAAAGAAAAAUAAAUUGGCAAAGAUUUGAGUUGGGGUGGGGGGGGGACAGAUACAAAAUAACAUUUAAGACAGCUUUCUGAUCUUUAAACUUCCUAUAAUUCAAUAAUGCAAUCCCGUAACUUAUCUUUGAACUGAGACUGUCAUUAUCCAGACUGUCUUUACAAGGUAAUGAAAACUUGAAUGCAUUUUGGAUUGAUUUUUCUGACAAUAUCCAAAAGCCACUGUCUAUGGCGAGAAAGAAUGGAAGUGCUAUAUGGAAACCUGUCAUGCUGGACCCAGAAUCAGGAGGGGAGGAAAAUGGAACAUUCCCGGCUUCACCCUGGAUCACAGUGGAUUGAGGUGCCUUGGAGGCCUGACAGCUGCAAGUUAACAUUUCUGAGAAAGAUUUCCAGAAGGGUGGAAAGAAGAAAGCCAUCACACCAUCCUUCCUUUAAAAAUCUUUAAGCAAAUCUUGUUGAAUCUUA